ACUUCAUAAAGGGCCAGGAGGACCACUACCAAGUGGAAGACUUUCUCAAGUUCAUUGCACCUUGGGGUGCCUCCCUGUUGUGGUUUUCAUGGCAACUCUUUGCAACUUUUAUCUGCGCGGCUGGCGUUUUGCUCCUCCGAAAACCUAUCGUCGUCCUCAGGGAACGUGUACUCGGACUAGACAGCAGAGCCAUAAAGAAGGAGUAGGGUGCUUCGAAGCUAGUUGCUCGCCUAGUCCCGGAGAAGAUCAAGGAAAUGGAGUUUAAAGAAGCAGGUGUACGUGUUGCAAGAUCGUGCGGUCGAAAAGUGGGAAAAGUAUUGGUCGAGUUCAUUCUGCUAUCGUAUAAUGACAACAAUGAGACCAAUUCGAGAGACCGGGAAUUCACCUUUGCGCAUAGGAGUGUGACGCCCCAAUCCUCGCCAUUAUGGGAAUUAGAUGGGCGGCAACUUCGGGAGAUUAUCGAAGUAAAUAAGAAUCCCGACGAGAAAGACAAUGUGUGCCUGGAUUUAGCACGAAAAAUAGAUAAUCGACUCUACGACAUCGCCAAGCAGGAAUUUAUUCCUCGCCCAUCGAGCCCAACCUUGGAUAUGCCGCCUCAAGAUUUUCGGCCAUGUUGUAGGGUGCUGGAUUUCCCGGACGAGGAAGAGUUAGUAUUGCCCGAGAGUGCCAUGGGCAACAGCAGACAAAUUGAGCUGGGACCUGGGAUGGGAACUGUCCGGGUUGAUAAGUUGUUCAAAUACGAAGAAUCAUUGGAAUCAGAUCCAAGUGACAUUGAUGAGGACGACGGCGAGUACAUGGCUACGCAACCGAAAGAUGAUGAUGAAGGCAAGGACAAGGAUGUUAAACCGACAGAGAACGAUUCGGCGAAGCGGGUACCUGACAUCGUGAUCACACAAGCCUGAACUGUUGAUCCGAUACAAGUCUCAAUGCGGCUCGAUAGAUUACUACGGCCAUAACGGGGACACUUGUUAACGGGUGACCUCCGUCCUUUCCUAGUUUACUAGGUGGAUUCAUGCGGGUUAUCAUUGUUACGUUUGGAUUUAUGUCUCUAGCCUCUUACAACUAUUCUAUCGAGAGGGCUAGAACUUGUAAGGGUAUACGAUAUACGUAACUCAUAAUGGUUUUUGUUGGAUGGGCUGAUUGUCUUAGAAAACUUGUUUACCAUGCUUUUAUCUAGGUAGGUAUGUGGCGCCGAAGUAGGAUUUGCAUUCGGCGCCUUCUGUAUCACAACAUUGUCUACUGUUUCCCGAAGACAAGGAAUGAAUCGGAGCUAGUAUAUUGGUAAUUACCUACCAUACCGGGAACCCCCGCUAUCGGACAAUGAUUUACCUUCCGCGAAAACCAUAGCC